AUGUGGAAUCAGUGGUCGCAAUAUGCGGCACAACCCCCGCUGCCAAUGACAGCGGCACCGCCACCACCACCCAGUGAUCCAUCACAAGCGGGGGCACCACCGCCACCUGGACCAGCUGCACCAAUGGUUGGUCCGGCUGUGGCACCUCUACCUACUGCCGCAACGGCAGUGGCAGCAAAUCCCGCUGUUGCCGCUGCAGCCACAAAUCCCUACUCCCAGUACACGGCUGCCCAGUAUGCUGCACUGACACCAGAGCAACAAUAUACACUACAGCAACAUUGGCAACAAUGGCAAAAAUAUCAAGAAGAAUAUGCCAAAUGGCAUGCCCAGUACGGUGAACAGUACAAGCGAGAAAUGGAGGCAGCAACUAAACCUGCUGCAACUGCACAAGUUGCCACAGCAGCAGCAGUUCCAGCACCUGGAUAUCCGGGAUUUAUUGGUCCAGUACCUCCAACUCCGGCACAGGAAGCUGAAGUUAAAGCUAGUACAACAACAACGACAACGAAAAUAACUGGACAACCGCAAUUAUACAAUCAACCACCUCCACAAAUUGCUCCCGGUAAUCAGUACUCCGUUUCGAGGCCACCGCCACCAAUAACCGGUUCACAUCAACAAGGUACAUCCCAACCGCCACCAUCUCAACCUUCAUAUCAACAACCACCACCUCAAUGGCAACAUCCUCAAUCUUUUAAUCAGCCACCACCCAAUUUCAAUGCUUCUGUGGCACCGCCGGGUAAUUAUCCAUCGGCACAAAAUGUACCAAAUCAAUGGACCUCAGGUCCCCCGCCCUUUUCCAAUCAAAAUAAUCAACCUCCACCACCACCAGCUUCAGAUCAAUUUGGUGCUCAAAACAAGGGACCCGGAGGUAAUAAGGCUGGUCCAAAUGAUUGGAAUAACAGAGGCAGUUUCGGGGGACCAGAUAAUAUGAAUCGUGGUGGUGGAGGUGGGAGAACUGGUGAAAAAUGGGAAGAUGGACCACCUCCUAAUCGUGGUAAUGUCAAUAGUGGACCUAAUGACUGGCAGCAUAAUAGACCACCUCCUAAUGUUGGAGGUGCCAACAAUUGGCAAGAAGAUUCAAAGGGUCUUGACAAUGCUGAACCAGAUGAUUGGCAAGACAAUCGCGGAAAUUCAAGAAAUCGUAAUCGCAGCAAUGAACGUGAUGAACGUUGGAGAGGAGGUGGUCGUGGGGAAAAUGACGGUCCCUGGAGGGGUGAUAGUGGUCGCGACGGUAGUCGUUUUAACAAUUGGAAUGACAAUCGUGGAAGAAAUGAGCCCAAUGACUGGAGAGAUGGGCCCAACAAUCGCGGAAAUAAUAGAAAUAGCUCCGGUAAUCGUGCAGACAAUGAUAAUCGUGACAUGGGUCCAAAUAAUAACCGUUUCAGUGGUGGUAGUGGCGGUUGGGACAACAAUCGUCCUAAUAACUGGUCCGAUAAUUCGAGAGGCCCAAGAAAUUGGCAAGAUGGUCAAAAUAAUCAAGGAAAUAAUUGGAAAAACAAUGGACCCAAUAAUCGUUUUGGUGGUGGUCCUCCCCAUAACCAGGGUGGAAAUACUGGCGGUCGCCCAGUACCAGACAUCGAUGAAGAGAUGUUCGAUCGUCAAUUCAAACAAUGGGAAGAACAAUUCGAGGAUUGGAAACGCGCCAAUGCCAAUCACCCCGAUCGUGAAAUGUACGAACGUUACGAACAAGAAUUUGAGAAACAACGUAAGCGGAUAAUCGAGAGGCGUGAACAAAUGCGACGUCGAAAAAUGGAACGUAUGGGUUUGGAUCCAAAUCAAGCACCACCACCCUCCUCAAAUAUGCCAGGAACUUAUAGCAGAGACUCGUCUAGAAAUCGUGAUGACAAUUCUUCCCUUGGGAAUAGAGAUGAUGAAAAAUCCCGAGACGAUGGAGUACCAUCUCAAAAAUUGGAUGACAAAAAUAAUACAAAGGAAUCUGAAGAAGAUAAAAAUACGGAAGACACUGCCCCUACCACACAAUCUAAUGCCCUAGAACCGAAUAAAUUUAAUGUUCAAAAAUCUACCCCAUUGGGUAAACGUAAAUCUCGUUUUGAUAACAGUGGCCCAACACCCAAUAAGGUGGGAAAACCCGGAAAUCAAUCUAUCAAAGGAGGUAACAACAAUGCGGCUGAAGUUAUAAAUCUCGACGAUGACGACGAUGAUGCUUGCGAUAACCGAAAACAAUCUGAAUCGGAAUCAGCUGGUGAGACUAUGACUGGAAUAUUUAAGAAAUCCGAUGGUAUUCCGGGGUUAGAUUUAGUUAAUGAUGGAAGUGUUGCUACAGAUUCGGAGCCGGUAAAAGAUAAAGCAGAUGAUAAAAACCUGGAUGCUCAGAAGAAACCCCUUAAGAAAAAUGAUAAACCUAUUGCUGAGGUUAAACCCGCUACGUCUGCUGCAGUUAUACCGGAUAUUUCGAAGACAUUAAACGAUCCCGAAUUUAUGAAGAAAAUUUCUGAAGCUGUGGCCAAGGCUCAAGGUAAAGAUGAAAAACCCAUGCAGCAUGGUAGUGAUUGGCAGCGUAACAAAAAUGAUUUCGAUAAUGACAAUUCAAAUGAUCGAUUUUCGGCGGCUGCCAAAUCAUUUGCUGAAGAUGAAAAUUCAAAUGCCAGUUAUGGUCGAUCUUCGAGGCAAGGAAUGGAUGACGAUAUGCGACAAGAUAAUUUCGGACCCAAUCGCGGAGGUGGUAAUAAUUGGGGUCCCAAUAAUGGCCCAGGAGGACAAUGGGGAAAUAAUGAUUUUAAUAAUUGUGGUGGUCCCAACAAUUGGAGAAAUAAUGGCGGUCCCAACAACAAUAACUGGGGACCCAACGGUCCAGGUGGGCCUAACAAUUGGGGACCUAAUGGUCCUGGUGGUCCUAAUAAUUGGGGACCGAAUGGCCCGGGUGGCGGACCGAACAAUAAUAACUGGGGUCCCAACAACAACAAUUGGGGACCCAAUGGCCCAGGUGGCGGACCGAACAAUAAUAACUGGGGUCCAAACAACAACAAUUGGGGUCCUAAUGGCCCUAACAACAACAAUUGGGGUCCUAAUGGCGGUGGACCUAACAAUUGGGGACCAAAUAAUAGAGGUGGACCCAACAAUUGGGGUCCAAAUAACCGAGGCGGCGGGGGUGGUCCCAAUAAUGGUGGUGGACCAUGGGGUAGAAAUGGAGGUUGCGGACCUUGGGGAAAUAAUGGUCCAAAUAAUAAUGGCCCCUGGGCGAAUAAUAAUGGCCCUUGGUCAAAUAAUAAUGGCCCCAACAACAACAACGGACCUUGGGGCAACAAUGGAGGUCCUUGGAAUAAUAAUAAUGGUGGUGGUGGCGGUAAUGGACCCAACAACAAUUGGUCUAACAAUGGCAAUAAUUUUGGUCCCAAUUUCCGUGGACCCAAUAAUAAUCGCAAUUUUGGCCCAAAUGGACCCAAUAACUCAAACUUUGGCCCAGAUGGUCCCAACAGUCCCAAUGUUGGUCCCAAUAGCCGCAACAAUGGACCAAAUAAUAAUAUGCCUGGACGCAAUUUUGGACGUGAUGGCCCACAAAAUCAAGACGACGAUUCAUCAAAUAAUGCUCAAAUGCCACGUAAUGUCAAUAAUCCAUUCCGGCGUAAUGAAAGUUCGAAGACACCCUCAUUGGAUGGUGGAAAUUCCCCUAGGCCAUGGACAAAAGGAGCAGGAUCCUUUGGUGAUGGUGGUAAAAAUUUCGAUUAUGGUGGCGAUGAUUACUUCCGACCCGUGCAAGUUAUUGAUUAUGCCAACAAUGCAAAUGCACCACCAAAAGUGAUUGAUUAUGGACAUAAGCCAGUAACUGGUGGAGGUGGUGGUUGUGGUGCCGAUGGCGAUGACUUUAAGCCAAUGAAAAUUAUCAAUUAUGAUCAUGCCUCGAAGCCGAAUAAUCCGAAAAGUGGAGGCGGCGGCGGCAAUGCAGUUGGAAAUAAACGUGGUAAAAAUCGUCGAAAUAAACAAAAUAAGCAACAACAACAAAAGCGUGGCAAUCAAUCACAAAACAACAAACAGCAGCAACAACAACAACAGUCUGCCAACGCAACUAACAAUAAAGCAAAUAAUUCAAAUCAAGCUGCUAAGAAUAUUGGCGAGAAGAAUGCACCACCAGAAAUUCAAGAAGAGCAUCAAAAUGAAGAACAACUUGAAGAUAUUUCAGAUAAUGAAGACUUGCCCGAUCAAAUGGACGAUGAUGGGGCUGAUGAUUAUUCUCAACAACAUAGUCCAGCACCACCGCCACCACCUUUGUAUAGUAGUGGUGCAGGAAACUCAGCGCAAACGCAAUUUCAAUUCAAUUCUUCGUCGCAAUCAUCAUCAUCAUCGAUAUUUCCCUCGACAGCCGAAGCCAAUGAAAAUAUCAACAGAACGAUGACUGUCGAUCAUGUUCAAAUGUCAAUACCAACUGUAGAGAAUAGUAAUACAAUAUCGAUUGAAGAAAUCCUCUUACCACCGGGACGUGAGACACGUCCGAAAAAAAUAUGCAUCAUCCUGCGUGGACCACCGGGCAGUGGCAAAUCACAUGUCGCCAAAUUGAUUAAAGACAAAGAAAAGGAAAUGAGCGGUAAUAAUCCGCGUGUCCUCAGCAUUGACGAUUAUUUCUUAAUUGAAAAUGAUUAUGAAGAGAAAUGUCCGAAAACGGGUAAAAAGAUACCCAAAAAGGAGAUUCUCUAUGAAUAUGAUAAAGAUAUGGAAGAGACCUAUAUGCAAUAUUUGAUUAAAUCAUUUAAAAAGACAAUACUAGAUAAUUUUUAUGAUUUUAUUGUUAUUGACUGCAAUAAUAAUUCAUUGAGGACAUUGAAUGAAUUUUAUUGUCAUGCCAAAGAUUCUGGAUAUGUGCCCUAUAUAGUAGAUUUACAUUGUGAUUUGGAGAAAUGCCUGGAGAAUAAUGUGCACGAACGUACCGAAGCUGAUAUUAAAGAGAUUUUGGAUAGUUGGAAACCCACACCAUUCCAUUAUAUUAUACUAGACAUUGCCAGUUUAAUACAAAAUGUUGUGGAAAUGGAAGAUGUUGAGGAUAUGCCAGUGGAUAACAAUACGGUGAAUGAAAAUACCGAUACAAAUAGCCAGCAGGCGUCGGCGGAUGAUAAUGAAAGGGAAUCCGGAACAGCGGAAGUCAUUGAUGAAAAUGCCAGAGAAUCCCAAGGUGGUGAUGAUAAGGCCGAAGAUGGUGAAGAGGAUGAUAGCAAUGAUUCUUCAGAAAAUUGUGGAUUUUUGAAAAGCAAAUGGGAAACAGAUACAACCACCGAGAAUUUAGCCCGUUUGGAUGGUACGAGUAAAUUGAAUCUGAAACGUAAACCAACUAUGGAAGAAUAUUUACAAAUGGAUGAAUGGCAGCCAGUACCAAGCAAUAGUAAAGGCAAAAAGAGGGUUCGUUGGGCCGACAUUGAAGAGAAACGUGAACAAGAAAAAAUGCGUGCUGUCGGCUUUGUGGUUGGUCAAACCGAUUGGAAGCGUAUGAUGGAUCCAAAUGCUGCAAAUCGUGCACUAAAUAAAACCAAGUAUAUUGAACGUGUCAACAAGCAAAGACGUUAA